AUGGCCAAAAUCAAGAAGAGACACACACGCGAGGAGCAGAAGAAGCUUUCUGAGUUGGCGUCUCAAGAAUUGGAGGCUCUUCGGGCGCGGAUCGACGAGCUGGAGGACGACCAGGUCAAGCAGUUCACCAAGUUUGAGGAGCUUCCAUUAACAAAAGGCACGCUGAAGGGGCUCAAGGAGAGCAGCUAUGUGACGAUGACGGAUAUCCAGCGGGACACGAUCCAUUUGGCGCUCAAGGGCCACGAUUUGCUCGGCGCUGCGAAAACCGGGUCCGGUAAAACACUGGCCUUUUUGAUUCCUGUGAUUGAGAAGCUUAUCCACGAGAACUGGAACGAAUUUGACGGUGUGGGUGCGCUAAUCAUCUCGCCAACACGGGAACUCGCCAUGCAGAUCUACGAGGUGUUGCUGAAGAUUGGCAAGUACUCGUCGUUUUCUGCUGGACUGGUGAUUGGAGGCAAGGACUAUUCGUUUGAGAAGGACCGGAUUGGCAAGAUGAACAUUCUGAUUGGCACUCCAGGCCGUCUAUUGCAGCACAUGGACCAGUCGGCGACGCUGAACCUGGACAAUUUGCAGAUGCUUGUUCUGGACGAGGCCGAUCGUAUUCUAGACCUUGGAUUCAAAAAAACUCUGGACGAUAUCGUUUGCAACCUGCCUCCAGAACGACAGACGCUGCUGUUUUCAGCCACACAGACCAAAUCCGUGCAGGACCUGGCACGACUGUCGCUUGUGAGCCCGAAGUACGUCAACACGAGUUCGGAUGCUACCACGACACCAGAGUCUCUGGAGCAGUCGUACGUGGUGAUCCGACUGCAGGACAAGCUGGACAUUCUCUGGAGUUUCAUCAAGUCGCAUCUGGACAGCAAGAUUUUGGUUUUCGUUUCCUCGUCGAAGCAGGUGCACUUUAUCUACGAAACGUUCAGAAAGCUGCAACCGGGUAUUUCGCUGAUGAAGCUGCACGGCCGGCAGAAACAGAAAGCGCGGCUGGAGACGACGGUCAAGUUCACCGAGUCGCGCAACUGCUGUCUGUUCGCAACCGAUAUUGUGGCUAGAGGCCUCGAUUUCCCGGCCAUCGACUGGGUCGUCCAGCUGGACUGUCCCGAGGACGUGGCCACGUACAUCCACCGUGUGGGGCGGUCUGCGAGGGCAGGUCGUGCUGGGAAGUCGAUGUUGAUGCUUACACCAAGCGAGGAGGACGCGUUUGUGAAACGCAUGGACGCACGCAAGAUUCAGCCGAAAAAGCUCAACAUCAGAAACUCCAAGAAAAAGAGCAUUCGGGACCAGAUCCAGUCGCUGUGUUUCAAGAGCCCGGAGCUCAAGUAUCUGGGCCAGAAGGCGUUCAUCUCGUACUGCAAGUCUGUGUAUAUCCAGAAGGACAAGGAGGUGUUUAAUCUGAAGGAGCUACCAUUGGACGAGUUUGCCAAGUCGUUGGGGCUGCCGGGAACGCCAAAGCUGAAACUUCCGGUUGGUGACGCCGAGCUGGAGAAACAGAAACAGCGCAAGAACACUUCGCGGCAGCUGAAACUGCUGGCAAAGGCCACCGAUGAUGGCGAGCUCGAGGCCAAGAAGGUGCGCACCAAGUACGACAAGAUGUUUGAGCGCACGAACCAGGGCGUGUUGUCGGAGCACUACUUGAAGCUGAACGCCGACAUGGAGAGCGACCGCGACGAGGAGGACGAGUUCAUGUCGAUUAAGCGGCAGGACCACGAUUUGGGAGCAGAGCCGGACCUGGACGCGCCAACGUCGAAGCGGGCCAUCAAAAAGGCUCUGUCGAAGAAGCUGUCGUCGAAGGACCGCGGCACAGGCACGAAGAUGAAGUUCGACGACGAGGGAGUGGCGCAUCCGAUCUACGAGCUGGAGGACGAGGACGACUUCCACAAGCUGGGGCCAGCCGAGCAGCAGAAGGCGCAGUUUGUGGCGCAGGAGAAGAAGUCGAUGGAGCUGGCAGAUGUGGAGGACAAGGACGUGGCCAAGCGCAAGCGGCAGGAGAAGAAGAUCCGUAGAAAGGAGCUGGAGCGGCUGGCGGAGGAGAGCGAGUCAGAGUCGGAGUCAGAGGCCGAUUUGGACGCAGAUUUGGACGCAGACCUGGAGGAGAGCGACUCCGACGACGAAAGACCGGCCAAGAAGCCAAGAUGGUUCGAAAACAAGCCACACGCCCGCCCCGAGCCGGAACAGCCACGUGUGAUCGAGUACGAACAGCCAGAAACCAUGGAGGACCUGGAAGCGCUGACAGAAAGACUGAUCCGUGGAGACUAA